AUGGCCGAGGCGGCCGCCAACGGCUUCGGUAAGGCCGAGGCGCCUGCGAAGCCCACAGCGCCUGGGCCGUACACCCCGACCAUCGACCAGGAGAAGAGGGCGCUCCAGAACAAGUUGUGGGAGCUGCAGAAGUCUGGUAUCGAUGCCAAGGCGAAGUGGUGGAGCUUCUGCAAGAUCCACGCGGAGGGGAACACCGAUCCGAAGAAUCACGACGUCGCCUUCUUGCAGACCUUCUUCGAGUCGUACGAGGCUGGCGACAUAGGAAUUGAGGAAGGCUGCCCUUUCACAGCGGCGAAAGGUGGAAAGGAUUCUGGCAAGGGAUGGGGCAAAGACGGCGGCAAGGCGGGAGGCAAGGAUGGCGGCAAGGGAUGGGGCAAGGACUCUGGCAAGGGUUUUGGCAAGGACUCUGGCAAGGGAUGGGGCAAGGACUCUGGCAAGGGUUUUGGCAAGGAUUCUGGCAAGGGUGGCAAGGGUGGCAAGGGCGAUAAGGGUGGCAAGAGUGGCGGUGGCAAGCCUAAUGACUGCAAGAUCUUCGUGGGAGGUGUCCCGAAGGGCGCGACCGAGGAUGAGUUAAAAGCCCACUUCACAUACUACGGAACCGUUGUGGAGUGCAGCAUGAAGUACGACGAUUGGGGUGGAUUCCGAGGCUUCGCCUUCGUGGUAUUCGAUAACGCUGCGUCCGCACAGGCCGUGCUCGCAGAUGCUGCCAACCAGACUUUCAAAGGGAAGUGGAUCGACUGCAAGAACCCCGCCAGCAACACUGGGGACAAGGGCGGCUCCAAGGGCGGCGACAAGGGCGGGAAGUUCGACAAGGGCAAGGGCGGCGGGAAGUUCGACAAGGGCGGCAAGGGCGGCGGAAAGUUCGACAAGGGCGGCAAAGGCGGCGGCAAGUUCGACAAGGGCGGCAAGGGCGGGAAGGGCGGCGGCUGGGGAGGCGGCAAGUGGUGA